AUGUCUUCAUCUUCCGAGAGCGAAGAAGAGCUAGGAAUCAUUGCUACAAGAGAGCGAAGGGCAAAUGCUGGUUCAAGGCUGAAGCAGUUACUUCAGCAAGAAGAAUUGGAUAUUGGGUCCCAAGAUUUUGAGCAGGACGAUGACGAUGAGAAUGUCAAUUUGUUAUUCCAGGAAGAUGAGAAUGACGAUGAAUUUGUGGAGGAAAAUGAAGAAGAAGAAGAAGGAGAGGAAGAUGAGGAAGAAGAUGAUGAAGAAGAUAAGGAAAAUACUCCCUCCAACAAAGCGGUUUCCGAAGAACCCAAUGACGAGAUGUUUAGUUCCGAAUCUGAAAUCAGCGCGUCCGAUUCUGAUGAAAGUGAAGGUGAGCGUGAAUUUCGAAGAGAGGAAAAGUUAAAGCGGAAAAAGAGGGCAGAGAAGGCCAAAUUCAUUCCUCCUGUGAUCAAUAAGAGUACACCUAAGAAGACAAAACCGAAAACUAAGGUGACCGCACAUUCCUUUUUGAAUGCUUCAAGCAGAGCUUCUACAAGAAAAUCUGCAGUGGAGAAUAAACUAGCUAUUGUGGAACGAUUGAAAGAGGAAGAAGAGCGGAGAAGCAAACUGAAACCCGUUAUAAGAAAGGAGGUUGUAGCAUUAACCCAGAAAGAAAGAUUAGCAGAAGCCAAAACCACAGAGAGAACAAAUGUGUUAUCUUUGAACAAGUUUCACGAGCAGGAGCAGGAACGAAAAGAAAAACAGAAACAGAUGAUGCUGAAUAGAAGAAAGAAGUUGGAAAAUGUGCUAAGGUUUUAUUCUGCUUCAGCAUUAGUUUACCCCAUUGAUGAGCUAAAAGAUCUGGAGAAGGUCAAAAAAAUCGAAGCCGAAUUCAUGAAGAGUCACAAGAAACGUGUUUACAAGAAACGAAAGAAGAAGACAGAGGCUAAUAAGGAUGAGAGCACAGAGACUCCGAAAGGUGAGGUCAAAGUUGAAGCUUCGGAGAAUACAAAAGAUGGAAAGAAAGAUGACCAUGCCCCUAUUAAGACGAAUGAAUUGGACACGAAAGAGACCGAUAAUCAAGGAGAGAAUCUCCCGAUUAGGGAUGAUAACAAACAGGAUGAAACGACUCUUUCAACAGUAGAUAAUAGUCCUGACAUAAAUAAAGCACCAACGGAGAUUGAUAUUGUUGAGGACAGAGAUGUCGUUAUGAAAGAUGCCACAGAUUCUGCUGAAGUAGUUGAGUCGACUUCAAGUCCACUACUUUCCUCCAAAGAGAAGAUAGAUAAUGAAAAUGUACAAUCAAAAGAGUCUUCUGAACCUACUGUUGACAUUAAGACUGAAGCCGAGUCAUCAAUAGAACCUAGCCAAAAAACCAAGAAAGUUUCAUUUAAUGAAGAAAGUAGUCAACUUGAGUUUUCAACAGAAAGUCCGGUAGCUUCUUUGAUAAACAAUAAUGUAAAGGAAACUGAAAUUAAAAAAGAUGUGAAUCAGACUUUUGUUAAGCCGGAAUCAGAGACAGAGAUAGAAACAGAAACAGAGCCACGCACACAAUCAAAUGACAAACAAGAAGAAGAAGAAGAAGAAGAAGAAGAAGAAGAAAAGACAGAUUCUAAGGAGGAGGAAGUUCAGUAUGAAGGUCCCCCACAGUUUGUGGCACGUAAUACGAUUGAGCUUUUAGAAUUUUCAAAAAAGCUUACCAAGCUGGAAUAUACAAAGUACAUACUUGGAGAUCAAGCUGUUCUCCCGGCUCAAAGAAGAACCAGCCACUUGAAACCGUUAAUUCGAAUUAAACAGCUACCUACAAUGAUAGAAACACUUUUUAUUCCAUACUCAUCCACUCAUGAGAAAGAAUUUCACGAAAUACUUACUUUGCCGAAAUUUGGCGAAGAGAACAAAACUGUUCAUAAGCAGCUCUUAGUGAAAGAAAGUGACACCAAGAAGAUUGAAAUUAUUACGCCUGCACCCAUUGGUAUUUACCUUCCCAAUGGAAGCAAGAAAAUAUGUCCUAUUUCCGGUAAACCAGCCUCAUACUUUGAUCCCAAGAAUGGCGUUCCCUAUGCUUCAGUGGAGGCUUAUAAGGUGCUGAAGGAUGUUCAAGAUGAGCAAUUCGCUUGGAUUCAACCAGAUAAAGGAGGUGAAUAUAGUAGGUAUAAGGGUGGUAUAGGCGCUUAUCUUCAAAGAUGGGAUGUCAGGCACGCCAAGAAUGUUCCUGACUGGUUCUAA